AAUAAAAUUUAUAGUGAGAGGGAGACUGAGCGCUUUUUGGUCGCUCUUCCUUUCCCUCGUUCUUGAGGAACAAGGUUCCUAGAGAUACUUAAAACCCCUUAAAAGUUAAAACCAUUAGAGAGAGAGAGAGAGAGAGAGAGAGAGAGAAUGGGGUAUUUGAUGAUGAAGGUGAUGUUAAUGGCAGUAGUAGUUGGUGUGAUUGAUGCAGAGGCAGGAAGGCAUCACGUCGUGGGAGAGGACCGCGGCUGGGAUCGGAGCUCCGACCUCCAGUCCUGGUCUCAAAACAGGAUUUUCAUGCCGGGUGAUAGCCUCUGGUUUGCAUAUUCAGCAGCUGAAGAGAGCAUCGUAGAGCUGAAGAGCCAGGAAGAGUUUGAGUCAUGCAAUGUGAACAACCCCAUAAGGAUGUACGCAGAUGGACUCAAUGAGGUGAAGCUGGGAGGAGUAGGGAGUCGCUUCUUCACCAGUGCCAACACUGGUAGUUGCAGGAGUGGCCUGAAAUUACAUGUCCAGGUGGUGCCCACAACUACGUUCCAAGAGACAGUUAAGGCAAUUGGCCCUAGCCCAUCUGGUUCAGUUCGCCUCUCUACAGCACCAAGGGGCUUAGCCGUGGGAGCAAUGGUAUUGGCAUGGGUCUUCACCUCUUUCAUGGUUUGAGUAGAUUCUUUCCCCCUCUCUCUGACUGAACUUUUGUUUGCACUUUCGUGGAUGUUAUUCACUCUUGUUUUGGCAUUUUGCUGCACAUUUGCUUUGCUGUUUGUAAGUGUGGGGGAAGUUGUAGUAGGUUUCCCUGAUGGUAUUAGUUAGACUUCAAGUGCUCUGUAUUAUCAAAAUGCUAAAUAAAAAGUUUAAAUAACUAUAUUAGAAGACCA